AUGCCUUUCCACAAGCAAGUCAAGAACAGCGCUUACUACAGCCGCUACCAGACCAAGUACCGCCGUCGCAGAGAGGGCAAGACUGAUUACUAUGCCCGUAAGCGCCUGAUCACCCAGGCCAAGAACAAGUACAACGCUCCCAAGUACCGCCUCGUUGUCCGCUUCACCAACCGCGACAUCAUCACCCAGAUCGUCUACUCUGAGAUCUCCGGUGACAAGGUUUUCGCCAGCGCCUACGCCCACGAGCUCAAGCGCUAUGGCAUCACCAACGGUCUGACCAACUGGGCUGCCGCUUACGCCACCGGUCUCCUCCUUGCCCGCCGUACCCUCAAGAAGCUGGGCAUUGACGAGCAGUUCCCCGGUGUUGAGGAGGCUGAUGGUGAGUACUCUCUCACCGAGGCCGUUGAGACCGAUGACGGUGAGCGCCGUCCCUUCAAGGCCUUCCUUGAUGUCGGUCUUGCCCGUACCUCCACCGGUGCCCGUGUCUUCGCUGCCAUGAAGGGUGCCUCCGACGGUGGUAUCCUCGUCCCCCACUCCGAGAACCGCUUCCCCGGUUACGACAUUGAGACCGAGGAGCUCGAUGCUGAGACUCUCCGCAACUACAUCUUCGGUGGCCACGUCGCCGAGUACAUGGAGGGUCUUGCCGACGACGAUGAGGAGCGUUACCGCGGCCAGUUCCACAAGUACCUUGAGAACGAGGUUGAGGCCGGUGACAUUGAGGACCUCUACACUGAGGCCCACAAGGCCAUCCGUGAGGACCCCUUCAAGAAGGACGAGGAUGAGGGCUCCAAGAAGACCAAGGAGGAGUGGAAGGCCGAGAGCAAGAAGUUCCAGAAGAAGAAGCUGACCCACGCUGAGCGCAAGGCUCGCGUUGAGCAGAAGAUCCGUGAGCUUGCUGCUUAA